AUGUGGAAUAAAGUUUUUCUUAUACUUAUUGCUUUGCAAUCUAUUGAGGCUUCUAAAUAUUUAGAGCCAGUAAAGAAGCCUUCAAUGUUCCUUCGACCUUUAAAAUAUAUAAUUGAGAAAUAUCAUGAUAAAUUUUGGGAAAAUAAGCAUUAUAGUACUGUGAUACUUUUUCAUAAGUAUCCGAAUCAUAAUCAUGCAAUAGAAGAUGAAGUUGACAAUAUUUUGACGACAAUUGGAGCAAAAAUACCAAUCAAAGUGAAAGGAUUUUCAAAAGAUAUUUCCACAAAAACUGAAACAAGAAAUUUAAAUAUUGUAUUCUGUCAAUCAGUUUAUGCAUAUAAUGACUUUUAUGCCAUGAUACUAGCUAAACAGUUUAACCCUCACAGCUUAUUCAUUCUUGUAGUUACAUUUGAUACAACUAAAUAUGACUAUUUGUUUAGGAUGUUUGACCUUUUCUGGAAACUUAGUGUUUCGUUUAUUGACAUAUUAACAAUAUCACCAGACAAUCCCAAUGAUAUCCUCGCUUACACUUAUGCUCCAUUCGUAGGGAGUUGUAAUAAUAUAACGAUAGGCACAUUAAAUUCCUACUUUGCCAUACAUGAUAAAUGGAUAAGCGACGAUUUUUUUCUUCCUAUAACAAAGAAAAUCCAUGGUUGCCCUGUACGAGUAGCAACAUUCGAUUAUCCACCGUAUAUAAUGGUAAAGAACGAUUCAAACGGAAAAUUAACUGUUGAUGGUAUUGAAGGAAACAUUUUAAAUACUUUAUCGCAAAUGCGGGAUUUUACUACAGAAAUAAUUUUGGCAGAUAAAAAAUGGGGAGAAGUUUAUGACAAUGGAACAACAACUGGUAUCAUAGAAUUGGUUGUAAAUAGGAAAGCAGAUAUUGCAAUAGGAUAUUUAGCUAUAAGUCAUGAAAGAGAAUCACUAAUGACAUCAGGAUGUGUUUACUAUUCGUCAAACUUGAUGUGGACUAUUCCACCAGGAGAAAAGUUUUCCCCUCUCCAAAUUCUGAUGAAACCAUUUCAAUCACCAGUGUGGAUUUGCUUUUUCACUGUUCUUGUCUUAGCUUUUGUCAUCAUUGGGAUUUUGAAUUUUUUUCCAACGAAAUUUCGACAUUUUGUGUAUGGAAGAAAUGUUCGAACUCCAGGAUUGAAUGUUGUGAACAUCACUUUUGGUGGUAGUUUGCAUAGAAUUCCUUCUCGGAAUUUUGCAAGAACAAUUUUCAUAUUAUUCACUUUUUACUGCUUCGUUAUAAACAACUCUUAUAAAGGAAGUUUAUUCUUAUUUAUGCAGGGAGAUUAUACAAACCCUCCCGUCAGUUCAACUGAUGAACUCAUCAAGAAAGAUUUCCAAUUUUACAUGAUUCCAGAAGCAAAAGGUUUUGCAAAUGAUUUACACAUUCUUAAACGAACAGUUUACAUUAAAAGUCAGAAAGAUAUUUUGGAAUUAUACGGAAAUUUAUCGGAUUCAAAAUUUAAAGGAGCGAUGAUGAAUACUGAAGAAAAGUGGGCACACAAGAACAUAGAAAGUUCACCAAAUAAUUAUUAUCAUCGCACUAAGGAUGUCAUUUAUCAACAAAAUUUGGCAAUUUACAGAAACAAAGUUUCACUAUUCAGAUGGGAUUUCGAUAAUGUGGUUACAAGAAUGUUGGAAUCAGGUUUGAUUAAUAAAUGGAGCAAAAGAUUCACCGAUAGCGACAAUUUGAAAAAGAGAGACGAACAAAGAAAAUUGCCAUUGAAUUUUGAGCAUUUCAAGGGAGUUUUUCAAUUACUCGGUGUUGGCUUUCUCAUCAGCUUCAUCGUUUUUAUUGCAGAAAUUUUCCUUCAUAAAUUAAAAUCUCGAUAG